AGAGAGAGAGAGAGAGAGAGAGAGAGAGAGAGAGAGAGAGAGAAAGAGACACUUGGUGACAGAUAAACUGAGGUGCAUUCAUAUUUCAAGUAACAGAACAGGAAGAGAGAGCAAGAGAGAGAGCAAAAGAGGAAGAGAGAGAGAGAGAGAGAGAGAGAGAGACUGUCCUGUCUCUCUGGGAAACAGAGAGGAAAAGAAAAAAAACGCCCCCAACCCCUCCAGCAAGCCCCAACACACAGCUGUACAAGCACAGAGAGAGAUCUAACCACGGAGAGAGAGAUCUGAACAUGGAGAGAGAGAUCUGAACACAGAGAAGGAGAGAUCUGUACACGGAUAAAGAAAGUGAUCGGAUCACAAAGGAGAGAUCUGAACAAGGAGAGGGAGAGAGAGAGAGAGAGAGAGAGAGAGAGAGAGAGAGAGAGAGAGAGAGAGAGAGAGAGAGAUCUGAUCACAGAAAGCAAUCCAUAUCUGUGCGUAAAUGCAGUUAAAGAGAAUCUGGGAGUGGAGGUUUUAAACCGGAGACAGAAGCGUGAUCUUGUGUAUUUGUGUGUGUGAUGGCUGUGGAGCUGAUCGGGAGGAGCGCGAGUGUGUGUGAUGCCCCGGAGAGCGAGGAGGAAGGCUGAGGAUUCCUGAAACUCCUAAAACCCCCCGAAUCACAGACACACACUCUAAUCAUAAUGAGCGGAGAUGUUCUCUAGCUGAGCACUUUUACAGCGUACGAGUCUCCGUUUCUACUCCGUGCACGUGUGUGUGUGUGUUGGAGCGCAUGGCCGCGGGCAGGCUGGUGCUGGUGGCCGUUGCCGUGGCGCUGGUGUCACUGGUGCUGAACGUGGUGGCGGCACUGGGCUCAGGCUGGGCUCUGCAGGCGCUGGAGGAUGGCCGCAAACGCAGCGUGGGGCUCUGGAAGGUGUGUACACAGGAUACACAAACGCCGCCACACAUACUCGCCACCACCGCACCGUGCCAGAGCCUCGGCUGGGGAGCCGACCUCGCCGGAUACCAGGAGUCACGCAACACCGUCAAACUUCAGUUCGACAUGAUGCGAGCGUGUAACCUGAUGGCGACGGUGUCUCUCACGGUGGGCCAGCUCAUCUUCCUGCUGGGGACUCUGAAGAUAAACUGCAUUACCCAGGAUUCCCCUUGGUGGGAGGAGGCCAUCGCUGCCCUGUUUCAGCUGGCCAGUUUCGUGCUGGUGAUCGGCCUGGUGUCGUUCUACAGGAUCGGGCCGUACACACACCUGUCGUACUCGUGCUACAUGAACAUUGCUGCGUGUCUGUUGGCCACGCUGGCCGCCGCCAUGCUGAUCUGGAACAUUCUGCAUCGCCGUGACGACUGCACGGAACCGCCCGUCAUCGUCAUCAGCCGCUCACUCGCCAUGAACUUCACACCACGCAUGGACAAUGAAUACGUGGAGUCACCGUGCUGACACACGAGCGAGAGGACUUCAAAGACAAUGUGGAGCUCUUGAGACUGAACCCCCCCCCCCCCACCACACACACACACACACACACACACACACACACCCCUGCUUGAAUUUAAAACUUUUAAAAAGAUAUGACAUAUUCCUAGCUAAUAUUAUUUAUCCCACAGCGCAGCUGAGUUCUGGAUUCUGAUUGGUCAGAAGGUGCUGAUUAAUUCUCUAUAACAGCAGCUCGAACACAUCGCAGGUUUAUAUUAAUGCGCUCGGCCUAAUGCGCUUUUGUUGCUAUAGCAACAGCGCCUUGCUAUACAGGGACAUGUACAGCGGACGCUCCACAUAAACAGAUUUAAAAUCGUUGGUAUGGUGAAGUUUACUUCCCAAGUUAUUCCCGGGUAUGGAAAUGUUUCGGUAACAUGUAAGGAAGGAGUCUCCAGUGUCAGAAGUUUUGUGACAGUCAGAGGCAAAGCUGUAACUUUAAGUUUUCCCACAUCCUCAGGACAGAGGAGUUCUAAAGUACACUUCUAAAGAGAGAGAAUAAAGAGAGAGAAUAAAGAGAGGGCCGGUGAGGGAACGACUGUUUACAGCUGCUAUAACGCAAGUGAGAACAGGAACAUUACAUGUAACUAUAAACGGGUAAAAACUCUAAUAAAACACUUGGAUGUUCUGUUAUAGGAAAAUAAAGUACUCUGGGGUGGUAACAGUAACUUUGCUUCAUCACAACACACCGUCACUCACACACACACACACACACACACACACACACAGUGUUUAUUACUUACAUAACUUAUGCAGUAUAUAAUAUUUAUAAAUUAUAACGAUUUUGGAUAGUAACAGUUCUUAUCAGAGGACAAUGUAGAACACAAAUCACACAAAUGUGGCCUUCUAGUGUGAGCAGAGACUAAAACAUAUCAAGCACACACACACACACACACACACACACAAAUCAGGAGGACCUUGCUCUUGACGUGGAACCGUCGCUGGAGUCGCUCUUGAGAAAACACCAUGUGGACUGAACUGAACUCUGGAGAGACUCUGAUCUUAUCCUGAAUGCUAGCUGAGCUUCUUCACAGAUAUACUGUAUAUCAACACUGCUUCUCUCUCUCUCUCUCUCUCACACACACACACACACACACACACACACACAGCACCAGGACAGCUGAAGUGACCGCAUUACACUGUAUAACUUGAUCACAAAUCAAGCUGGAUCUUGACUUUAAUCUUAUCUCUACACUCACACAGUGUUUAUACACACACACACACACACACACACACACACAGACAGUACUGUGUGUAGACAAUAAUUCAGAUUUAGGAAGGAAUUUAUCAUUUAUAAUUUGGUACCAAAAAGAGUGUGUGAAGUCAGUGGUGUGGUUUCUAACACUUCCUUGUCCACUGUAGGAGAUCACUAACAGAGUGUAGAUCUUUACAGAAGGUCAGUAAUGUACAGGUAGAGAGGGAGGGAGGCGUCUCGUCACUAGUCGGCUUAUGGUACCUGUAUUUAACUCUAUAGAGUUGUGUUGAGUAUAUUAUAGAAUUUUAAUCAAGAUAAUAUCACAUGUAUACACCAGCACUCUAUACGCCCAGUCACCUUUAGCCUGAUCAGGACUAAAUACUCCGUAGUAAUGACACAGUAUUAAAAUAAUAAUAAUAAUAAUAAUAAUAAUAAUAAUAAUAAUAAAACAAUGAAAAUAAUAAUAAUAAUAAUAAUAAUAGUAAUAAUAAUAAAUUGUAUUACAUCUGUUUUCUGUC